AUGAGGUCAUUCGCCGCUGAAAUGGAAAUUGACGGUAAAAGGUUUGGAAGGUGUAACGAGAGUAAAGCAAAGCUUCGCAGUUGCACUAUGAAUCAAGUGGUAGGAGAGGCUGGGAACUCAAAUUACUCCAACGACCACAAUUUUGAAAGCUUAAAUUACUCCAACGCCCACGACUUUAAAAGCUCAAAUUAUUCCAACGACCACGAUUUUGAAAGCUUAAAUUACUCCAACGCCCACGACUUUAAAAGCUCAAAUUACUCCAACGCCCACGAUUUUGAAAGCUCAAAUUACUCCAACGCCCACCAUUUUGAAAGCUUAAAUUACUCCAAUGCCCACGACUUUAAAACGCCAAAUUUACUCCAACCAACGCCCACGACUUUAAAAGCUCAAAUUACUCCAACGCCCACGAUUUGGAAAGUUCAAAUUACUCCAACGCCCACGAUAUUAAAAGCUCAAAUUACUCCAACGACCACAACUUUAAAAGCUCAAAUUACUCCAACACCCACGAUUUUAAAAGCUCAAAUUACUCCAACACCCACAAAUUUAGAAGCUCAAAUUACUCCAAUGACUCACGACCGAAUUUUAAAGCUCAAAUUACUCAACGCCCAACGAUUUUAA